AUAACAGCUCGGAACUAAACUAGGUUAGCUGCUGCGGUGCUGUGCCCCGGCUGGGGCACCACGUGUAAAAACACGUUCCGGGAAACCAGCGGACUGCUCCUUUUAGAGGAGCUGGCAUACGUUUAACAGAGGAAAUGACCCCGGGACGCUCCGGUUCGGGCCGCAUUCGAAGAGGCCGUGUACCAGUGGCGGUAAACGGGUCUGGGUGACGGGUUUCUUCAACGCUGAACCGACCCUGAGGUUGUUUAUCGGUAGCCGGACUUUGCUCACCCCAGACGGCGGUCGCUGAGUGGCUGGCUGGCCGGCCGCGGGGCGGGAGAGCUUCCGGGAGCCGCGUGAUUCCACGUCAGCGCGUUCCACAAAAAAAACAAAAAACGGGUCAAGUCAGUUGGACUUGAAUAGAAAUUGGGUUCACGAGACAAGCCUUACUGGAUUGUGUCAAACACAGAUGGAUCUUGUGAAACACACCGGUGGGUGCCAUUGUGGGGCCGUCAGAUUUGAGGUGUGGGGUUCCCCAGACCUCCACGUUUUCCACUGCAACUGUAGCAUUUGCACAAAGAAGCAAAACCAUCACUUCAUUGUGCCAAAAAGUCAGUUCACGCUGUUACAGGGGUCAGAAAACUUGAUCACGUACACAUUUAACACGCACAUUGCCAAGCACAGUUUCUGUAAAGUUUGUGGAGUUCAGAGUUUCUACACCCCACGUUCCAACCCGGAUGGAUAUGGCAUUGCUCCUCACUGUCUGGAUCCAGGUACUGUGCACAGCGUCACAGUUGAGAAGUUCUGUGGUGAGAAAUGGGAAGAAAGCAUGCAGGCCCAUAAGAGCAUCAGAGGCAUGUCUAAACCAGCAGCCGACACACAGCCAAGACAAACAGGCCCAGACUGACACCAAGUAACCCUAUUUUCAUCAGCAGCAGACUGGGAACUUCGAACAGUUUUUUUUUUUUUUUUUAAUAUAACACAGUUAAAUAUCUAAAUCAGACCACGUUCAAAAAUUCUCUCUAAAGGUCACAUUCAACAAAAUAUUAGUUUAUUUUCAGUGCAAUAACUAGAAAGCAACCAUCUUUAAAGACUUUCAAAAGUAGUGAAUGACAUAAAAAAUUGUUCACAGGUUGUACUUGCCAUCAAAAUAAUCUGAUCUAGAUCACUGAGGUGAAGUACUGUUACUUGUCAAGACAGGAUAGAGAAGUAGGUCCAUAUCAACAUGUUGUAAGAUGAAAAAAUAUUCUUUUAAGCAAUUAUGUAGUUAUACAUUUGACCAACGAAAGUAGUAGUAGUACAGUUUUGACUUUUAUACAUGUACAAAAACAUGCAAACAUUUUUUUUUCUUUUGGCUUUUCCCCCUCUUUUUCUCCCCAGUGGUACUUGGCCAAUUACCCUAUUUUUCGAGCUGUCCUGGUCUCUGCUCCACCCCCUCUGCCGAUCCGGGGAGGGCUGCAGACUACCACAUGCCUCCUCCAAUACACGUGGAGUCGCCAGCCGCUUCUUUUCACCUGGC